AUGAUAAUAGAACUAGGUAUUGCCAACACUUUCAGAUGCAUAGAAGAGAUUAACGACGGCUACAGAAUCAUGUUUGCCUUUUAUUAUCUCGUGGUUCUGGACUCGAUGAUUAAGGUGUUCACAUUCACGCACAAUCCACAUCAGCUGCAUGUCUUUGAGACCUGCUACAACCCUAAAGGUCUCUGUGUCCUGUGUCCCAAUAGCAACAACUCGCUCCUGCCCUUCCCGGGGGCACACACGGGUCACGUUCAGCUUGUGAACAUGGCCAGCACCGAGAAGCCGCCAGUGGACAUUCCCGUGCAAGAGAGCAGCCUCAGCUGCAUCGCUCUCAAUCUGCAGAGAACAAGGAUCGCCACCAACUCGGAGAAGGGGACCCUUAUCAGAGUAUUUGACACUUCAUCAAGACAGCUGGUCCAGGAGCUCCAGAGAGAGUCCCAGGCAGCCAACAUUUACUGCAUUAACUUUAAUCAGGAUGCCUUGCUCAUCUGUGUAUCCAGCAACCACGGCACUGUACAUGUGUUCGCAGCCAAAGAUCCAAAGAGGAAUAAACAGUCGAGUUUGGCAUCCGCCAGUUUCCUUCCAAAGUACUUCAGUUCCAAGUGGAGUUUCUCCAAGUUGCAGGUCCCCUCAGGCUCUCCGUGCAUUUGUGCCUUUGGAACUGAGUCCAGCGCGGUCAUUGAAAUCUGUGUAAACGGCUACUACAAGUUCCUGUUCAACCCCAAAGGGGAGUGCGUCAGUGACUUGUAUGCGCAGUUUCUCGAGCUGACCAACCACAAACUGUGGCUCACCACCAGGGAGUGGUCUGUGCCUGCCUCCCCGUGGGCUCCUGAGGCUAGUGCCAAUGCCCUGUGGAGCUCAGAACAGUCAAGAGAGAACUCAGGCAGCUUGCCCUGGGAAGGAGGCCCGACAAAUGGCCCCUGGGCAAGAUCUCGGCUGCCCCCAGGUUGUCCCUGUCUUUCUGGGGGCUAG